AAGCCUAAAAGAUUCCUUCGAAAUCCCCAAUUCGAAACCCUAGCUAACACCAUAAUCAAAUCCACUUCAUCAGAAAUCAAAGAUGGCUAUAGCACGAACUGGAGUUUACGUUGACGAUUAUCUCGAGUAUGCAAGCACCUUCCCAGCAGAGCUUCAAAGACUUCUUAAUACAGUUCGUGAACUAGACGAGAGAUCUCAAUCGCUUAUAAAUCAGACAAGGCAACAAACUAAGUAUUGUUUAGGUCUUGCCUCACAGAGUUCUAAGAAGGGUAAUGGUAAUCAUUACAGUAAUGGGAUUGAUGAAGAGGAAACAAUUGAGAAAAUGCGUAAAGAGAUUGAGUCUAGUCAGGAGAAUGCGUUGAGUUUGUGUACCGAGAAGGUCUUAUUGGCCCGACAGGCGUAUGAUCUUAUAGAUAGUCAUGUAAAACGGCUUGAUGAAGAUUUGAAUAAUUUUUCAGAAGAUUUAAAGCAAGAGGGAAAAAUUCCACAAGACGAGCCCUCUGUUCUUCCUCCUCUACCUAUAGUUCCUAAACAGGAAAAGCGUAAGUCCAUCUAUGGUACACCUCAGUCCAAGAAGAUUGAUUACAGAGAUAGAGAGUGGGAUCGUGACAGGGAUUUUGAGCUCAUGCCUCCUCCAGGAAGCAAUCGGAAAGACCUCACACCUAUUGACGAGCAGGCAAUUGAUCCAAACGAACCAACAUACUGUGUCUGCCAUCAGGUGUCUUUUGGAGACAUGAUUGCCUGUGACAAUGCGAAUGUGAGUCUCUUCUACUGUUAUCUUAUCUUCUUUUUAACGUUUAGCUUUUCUGAAACCAUGCUUUCCUGUUUGGACAGUGCCAAGGAGGUGAAUGGUUUCACUAUACAUGUGUUGGCCUCUCACCUGAAACCAGAUUCAAAGGGAAAUGGUAUUGUCCCACCUGCAGGCUCCUCCCACAGUCGCAUUAAUAAUAUUAACGCCUGCGAAAAGGUGCCAAUGGCAUCCUCUUUAGCACCUUCGCUUCAUGACCAAUCUCAUCUUUGUUGCUACGGAACAUGAAGAAGUAAACUCUAGAAGUAGUUUUUUUUUUUUCUUUGGACUAACUGAGUAAACUCUAGAAGUAGUUAACAUCAUGUUUUUGUACACUCGUGUUUAAAUCUUGGAAUAUAUGAUUGUAUUGGGUGUUGAUGGGUAUUUUCCUUUUUAUUCUU